AUGUGUCCUGCGCCAUGGAAGGCUCACGGCAGCGGCGGGGAGCAGAUCUCUCCGAACGGCACAACAUUCCAGGCGCACUCCGUCGUCCAUGAAUACCGAAUACCGACAAAGCGAACGAAACGGCGAGAGCUCUGUCCGUGGCUCUGGGCUGUCAGACAGAAGUUACCUUUGCUCCUGCCCGGACGACUGAACGCACGCUGCUGCCCGCGCGCGCUCCGUUUAUAUAACACCUCGCGCGCGUUUUUGAAGCAAGACCAGGACCAGGAGUCGUCCGUCCAGGCAGUCCAGGAAGUCGCAGUCGUCCAAGGAGUCGCGAACGUGGCGUCCAACGAGGCCAACACCAGCGCCGCGGGCAGUGGCGCGGAGUCCGCCGCCCUGUUCUCGAAAUUGCGUAGCUUCUCCAUUGGCAGUGGGCCCAACUCGCCCCAGCGUGUCGUGUCCAACCUGCGCGGCUUCCUCACCCAUCGCCUGAGCAACAUCACACCGAGCGACACAGGAUGGAAAGACUCGAUUCUGUCGAUUCCGAAGAAAUGGCUCUCCACCGCCGAGUCCGUGGACGAAUUUGGAUUCCCUGACACUCUACCCAAGGUGCCCGUACCGCCGCUAGAUGAGACGAUGGCCGACUAUAUACGCGCCCUGGAGCCGAUCACCACGCCGGCCCAGCUGGAGCGGACCAAGGAGCUCAUCCGGCAGUUCACGGAUCCCCAGGGCAUUGGACCACGACUGCAUCAAUAUCUGCUGGACAGGCGUGAAACGGAAGACAAUUGGGCCUACCAUUACUGGCUAAACGACAUGUACAUGAACAUCCGUAUCCCCUUGCCGAUUAAUUCGAAUCCUGGCAUGGUGUUUCCGCCGCGUCGCUUUAAGACAGUCCACGAUGUGGCCCACUUUGCCGCCCGGCUGCUGGAUGGCCUACUGAGUCACCGCGAGAUGCUGGACAGCGGAGAGCUACCCUUGGAGCGGGCCGCCUCCCGGGAGAAGAACCAACCGUUGUGCAUGGCUCAGUACUAUCGCCUGCUUGGGUCCUGCCGUCGUCCUGGCGUGGAGCGUGACUCCCAGUACCUGCCGUCGCGGGAGCGAUUGGCCGACGAGGAUCGUCAUGUGGUCGUGUUCUGCCGCAACCAGAUGUACUGUGUGGUCCUGCAGGCCAGCGAUAGGGGAAAGCUGUCAGAGAGCGAGAUUGCCUCCCAGAUCCUGUACGUCCUAAGCGAUGCGCCCUGUCUGCCCGCCAAGCCGGCGGCUGUGGGUCUGCUAACCGCCGAGCCGAGGAGCCGCUGGGCUUUGGAUCGCGAGAUGCUGCAACAGGAUGAGCAGAAUCAUCGCAAUCUCGAGCUAAUUGAGACCGCCCAGGUGGUGCUGUGUCUGGACGAGCCGCUGGGCGUAAACUUCAAUGCACGCGGCUUCACCGGUGCCACGCCCUCUGUCCACAGCGCUGGGGAUCGGGACGAGACGAACAUGGCCCAUGAGAUGAUCCAUGGCGGUGGCAGCGAGUACAACUCUGGGAAUCGGUGGUUCGACAAAACCAUGCAGCUCAUCAUCUGCACCGAUGGCACCUGGGGUCUGUGCUACGAACACUCCACCUCCGAGGGCAUAGCUCCGGUCCAGUUGCUGGAAAAGAUCUACAAGAAGAUCGAAGAGCACCCGGAUGAGGAUACUGGCUUGCCCCAGCACCAUCUGCCGCCACCGGAGCGCCUGGAGUGGCACAUCAGUCCGCAGAUACAGGCGCGAUUCGGCCAGGCUUGCCAGAGCGUGGACAAGGCCAUUGACAACCUGGAUUUCUAUGUGUACCGCUACCAGGGCUAUGGCAAGACCUUCAUCAAGUCCUGCCAGGUCAGUCCGGAUGUGUACAUCCAGUUGGCCCUGCAAUUGGCCCACUAUAAGCUCUAUGGCCGCCUGGUGGCCACCUACGAGAGUGCGUCCACUCGGAGAUUCCUGCUUGGUCGCGUGGACUGCAUUAGGGCCGCCAGUACGGAGGCCUUGGAGUGGGCCAAGGCCAUGUGCCAAGGCGAGGGCGCCAAUGUUCCCCUGGAAAGCGAUCGCGAGGAUGAGGAGGAGUCACGCAAGGUCAAGUUUAGCAUUUACAGUAAGGACCACCUGCGUGAGCUUUUCCGAUGCGCCGUCGCCCGCCAGACGGAGGUGAUGGUAAAGAACAUCCUGGGCAAUGGCAUCGACAUUCCACUCCUGGGUCUACGGGAGGCCAGUGUGGACGUCACCGGCGAGAUGCAUGAGCUGUUCAAGGACGAGUCCUACAAUAUCUCGCAGUGCUUCCUGCUCUCCACCAGUCAGGUGGCCUGCAGCACGGACAGCUUUAUGGGCUAUGGACCGGUGACGCCCCGCGGCUACGGAUGCUCCUACAAUCCGCAGCCGGAGCAGAUCGUCUUCUGCGUGUCGGCCUUCUAUGCCUGCGAGGAUACGAGUGCCUCGCGCUAUGCCAAGUCGCUGAAGGAAUCGCUGGACAUAAUGCGAGACCUCCUGCAGAACUAGACGCACUCCGAUCCUUGAUCAUCGGAACAAUAAACAUAUCAGUAAAUGUACCUUGUAGCAGGUUAGCGAACGAAUCUAAGUAAGUGUAACUAGCGACCGCCCGGGCGUUUCAUAUGUGACCAAGCACCACCAAGCGAGCCACCCCCAACGAGGGUGGGAGAUCCAGGAAGGAGGAUGAGGACGAUAACGAAAAUCGGAAUCGAAAACUAAUGUCAAUCACUACCAUGUUGAGACAGAACUAUAAACGCAACCCAUUCGCUUUACAUAUCCGUUUACCCCCCAAAAAGGUACCCCCAAGUAGUUGAAAAAAUAUAGGGCAACUUUAGUCAAUUAAAUGUUUUAGAGCCAUUUUAUGCGCCAACUGUUAGUGCUGUUAUAUCUGAGUGUGUUACUUGUGCAAUAUCAAAAUAUAUAAAUAUAUAUCGGGGAAACCGAAUUAGCUGAGCUUACACCUUGUUUAACCCCCACUAAUGCGAUGGUAUGACACUGUAUAACAUCUUGUUAGAACCUUAAAGAGGAAACUUUACAUAUAUGGACUAUAUUUUUCACAUAUAUAUCGGAAAGUUUGAAUAUGUUAUGUUAAUAUGUUAUUAUUACUCUCUAACUUGUAUUAUCCAUAUUUAGAUUUCUUUUAAUAUUUGAAAUAUCUGAAAAUGGUUGCUUUCGAAUCCUGUUAAUUAUAAAUUAUUAACGUUUAAAAAUGCAGUGUCAUACCCGUAUAACCACGUCUUUAACUCGAAAGAAACCCCACAAGUAUGCAAUACUUUAUGUUUCAAGUGUUGAGUUUAAAAUUCUUUAUAUAUAAAAAAAUGUUAUAAAAGAUACUAUAGCGAAAGCUAAAGCUAAACAACACAGGAAAAUAUACUAAAAGUUAAAGCCCCCUUUGCUGGUUACUGCAAUUUCGUUGCUGUUCGUUUGAGAAAUUAUUAAAAAAUUAUAAACUACAUACUAUAUAGUGUCUGUUGAGAUGUUUCCAUAUAUAUAAUCGUGUUUUAGAGAGCAAAUGGUAUACCGUAACUAAGGGCUUUUUGGAUGGCAUAUAUAUACAUACAACCCUGAAUUAGACAGAAACUUAGAGGAUUAUAUAUAUAUAUAUAUCUAGAGAAAUCAUGUACGCGUAUAGACUUGAGACGUAACAAUACAUAUCAGUAAAUUUACAUAAAUCCUCGGGAAGGGAGGUAGAGGGAUAUAACUAUAUAUAUAUAUAUGUUUGUCUGUUCAAACCGUUAGUGAAAUGUAUAUGUUUCGGUAGUGAUUGGAGGCUAUCAAUAUUCUACAAGAGUGUUUACAUAAAUAUUAUAUACGUAUGUUAUUUACAAGAGAAAUUAUAUAUGAGAAACGUUAAAGGACAACCAGAUACAUAAUAACAUUAUAAAUAAAACUAGUUGCUGUGUUCAUUGUUGCUAUAUAUGUAUGAGUAUCUUCUAAACUGUUAACCGAUCUAUGUAUCUAUCCUGUAUUCGAUCUGUGUACCAUUACGUUACCUUAACCUUACCGUUCGGUUUGUCGUUAAGUUUGACUUGUUUACAAUAAAUGUAUGCAAAAUAAUCACCAAACAAAUAAAAAUAAAAUGAA